CAACCUCCAAACUUCUAAGAUCAACAAUGGGCCCUAAAAUCCGAGCAUGCAUCUUUGACAUGGAUGGUCUCCUCCUCGACACGGAGCAAGUCUACACCGACGUAACGAAUGAGCUAUUGGCAUCCUACGGCAAACCCAACCUUCCCCUCGAAAUUAAGGCACAGAUGAUGGGCCGACCAGGCCCUUACGCAGCCCAAGUCCUCAUCGACUGGGCAAACCUCCCCGUCACCGCAUCCGAAUACUUUGCCGAAACCAGUAAACGCCAAACAGAACUCUGGCCUGCCGUCCGCGCAAUGCCCGGCGCAGUCGAACUCAUCCAACACCUCAAAGAGCACGGUGUUCCGAUCGCGGUGGCGACGAGUUCUCAUCGAAGGAAUUUCGAGUUGAAGAGUGCGGCACAUGUGGAUACACUUUUCGCACAUUUCGGGGAGCAUAUCAUCGUAGGCGACGAUCCACGAAUCCCAACCGGCCGCGGAAAACCAUACCCGGAUAUCUGGCUCUUAGCGCUCAACACUCUCAACACCUCCCUCGCCUCCACCAACCCCUCCCACACCCCAAUCCUCCCCUCCGAAUGUUUGGUAUUCGAAGACUCAGUACUGGGAGUUGAGUCUGGGAGAGCAGCGGGGAUGAAUGUUGUUUGGGUUCCUGAUGGGAGGAUUAAGGCUGUGUUCGAGGGGAAGGAUGAGGAGAUUUUGGGGGUGGAUGGGGCUCAUAUCGCUGUUGAUGAGUUGGGGCAUCUGGAUUUAGAGGGGUAUGGGUUGCCGAGGAUGAGGAUUGGGGAGUUGGAAAACUAAAGGGGGAAGGGAUGUGAAGGACUAUAUGGAC